AUGUCAACCGUCUACCUCCUCGACUACGUCGCCGGCAACGUGCGCUCCCUGGUCAACGCGAUCGAGAAGUGCGGCUACACAGUCUCCUGGGUGCGGACGCCGGCCGAGGUCGCCAAUGCCGACAAGCUGAUCCUGCCGGGCGUCGGCCACUUCGGCCACUGCCUCUCACAGCUCUCGUCCGCCGGCUUCCUGCCCGCCAUCCAAGCGCACAUCGCCGCCGGCAAGCCGUUCAUGGGCAUAUGCGUGGGCCUCCAAGCCAUAUUUGCCGGCUCGGUGGAGGACCCGGGGAUUCCGGGCCUUGGGCUGAUCAAGGGCAACCUCGACCGCUUCGACGACUCGCAAAAGGCCGUCCCGCACAUCGGCUGGAACAGCGCCAAUUCGAGCAGCAAGAGCCUAUACGAUCUGAGGUCGGAGAGCAAAUAUUACUACGUCCACAGCUACAAGUAUCCGUAUGUGCCAGGGGAGCUGGAGGGCCAGGGCUGGACAGUCGCGACGGGCACCUACGGAGGCGAGACUUUUGUCGGCGCUGUUGCCAAGGAUAACGUGUUAGCGACGCAAUUCCACCCGGAAAAGAGUGGUGUUGCUGGCCUGCGGUUGCUCAAGUCGUUCCUGACUGGGGAUGGUGCCAAGACGUUGGGACAGACGGUGGCCAGUUCGGCACCCACGGGGGGCCUGACAAGACGUGUGAUCGCAUGUCUGGAUGUGCGGACAAACGACCAGGGAGACCUCGUCGUCACGAAGGGCGACCAAUACGAUGUGCGUGACAAGUCUUCGGAUCGCAACGUCCGGAACCUUGGCAAGCCCGUGGAACUUGCAAAGCGGUACUACGAGCAAGGCGCCGACGAGGUGACGUUCCUGAACAUUACGUCUUUCCGAGACUGCCCACUGGCCGAUGUGCCCAUGCUCGAGAUUCUGCGCCGCACAUCCGAGACCGUCUUCGUGCCCCUGACGAUCGGCGGCGGCAUCCGCGACACGGUGGACACGGACGGCACCAAGGUCUCGGCGCUCGAGAUUGCGACCAUGUACUUCAAGUCCGGCGCGGACAAGGUGUCGAUCGGGUCGGACGCCGUGCUGGCGGCGGAGGAGUACCAGGCCGUCGGCAAGAAGCUGUUCGGCAACACGGCCAUCGAGCAGAUCAGCCGGGCGUACGGCAACCAGGCCGUCGUGGUCUCGGUCGACCCCAAGCGCGUCUACGUGCCCAAGCUCGACGCCACGCGCCACGCCUGCGUCAAGACGGCCUUCCCGGGCCCCAAGGGCGAGGAGUACUGCUGGUACGCGUGCACGAUCAAGGGCGGCCGCGAGACGCGCGACAUGGACGUGGUCGAGCUGGCCCAGGCCGUCGAGGCCAUGGGCGCCGGCGAGCUCCUGCUCAACUGCAUCGACAAGGACGGCACCAACAGCGGCUUCGACCUCGAGCUCGUCACCCAGGUCAAGGACGCCGUGCGCAUCCCCGUCAUCGCCUCCAGCGGCGCCGGCAACCCGGCCCACUUCGAGGAGGUCUUUGCCAAGACCCGCACCGACGCCGCCCUGGGCGCCGGCAUCUUCCACCGCGAGGAGUACACGGUCAAGCAGGUCAAGGACUACCUGCAGGAGAAGGGCCUGGAGGUGAGGCAGUUCGAGGGAGACCUGUAG